CUCUGCCUCUCUCUCGUGCACAUCUGUGCAUGCAAAUUAAUAACACAUAAAUCAGUUGUCAGUUUUUCACCAAACCACCGCCAACAGCUAACCCAACAUAAUUUAAUGGCGUCCAAGCAAAAACUAGCACCAGAGUCUGGCAACUUUGAACCAGAGAUGUCCUCUCCAAAACCAAUCUUCAUGGAUUUGUGCCUUCGGAUUCUAUUGUUCACAGCAUCCCUGACAGCCGUGGUAGUCAUGGUUACUAGCAAUCAGACCAAACUCAUCCAGACGCCACUGUACUCCUUCUCUAUCCCAGCCAAAUUCAAUUACUCUCCAGCCUACAUAUACUUCGCAAUGGCGCUUUCACUUUCUACCUUUUAUAGUAUCCUUUCUGGAAUUGCUUCCUCAUGGAUACUUGUGAAGCCUUGUUCUUCAAAGAAGCUAGUGAUGAAGUUCUAUUUGGCCUUGAUUGCUUGUGAUGUGGUGAUUCUUGGGGCAGUGGCUGCAGCCACCGGAUGUGCUGGUGCCGUGGGAUAUAUUGGGUUGAGAGGGAAUUCUCAUGCGAACUGGAGCGAGAUAUGCAAUGUUUAUGACAAGUUCUGUCGGCAUAUUGGUGCUUCACUUGUAGUGUCUUUGUUUGCUUCUGUUCUUCUUGUCUCACUUGUUAUCCUUUCGGCUUACUCUGUUUACUGUUUAGCUCACAAAGGUUUGAACUAGAAGAACAGCAAAUAGUACUCUAGCUCGAAGAUCUACAAUGGCAAUUUUCAUUUUUAUUUGAAUAAGAAUUAUAUUCAAAAAGACCUAAGGCAAGGAGUAGGCAUGCACCCUAAAGAUGGGCACACUUGAUAGCUGAUGUGAUGUUCUAAGUGUGAAAGGGUUUUAUGUAGUUUGGUAGAUGUGUAGGGUCUUUGUUGAAUGAACGGAUCAGGUUCAUGUACGAGAAUAUUCUCGUACAUCCCUGGUCCGUCCGUGGAUUUAAAAUCUAUUAAAUAAAGAGUGAGAAAAUUGAUUCUAAA